CACGAGAUCGCCAACAAAUAUAUUUCGCUACAACCUCCAACUGCCUUCUGAUAUCUGGUAGUUGUGAUCAUAGAGAAAACGCGACUGGACACCACGCUACAAAUAUAAACAAAUCCGGAGUACAUGUAAAAAGACCAUAGCUAAAUCCUGUACUAGUUACGGACGACAGCCAUACUUGUCCGAAACUAUUGUUUAACUCUAAUAGUCUCCGAAUUCAUAGCAAGAAGGUUCACUAACAGCUAUCUAAUAAACUUAAAGUGGGUCAUCGAGUAGUCAAUGACUAAAACGCCUUACACGAACAAGUGGUAUCAGCUUCAUCAGUGAAUAUUUUCAAGGAGAAGCUGGACUUUCACUGGAAGGCAAUCUGUCAGGAUUAACACAGGUUCACCAACCUACUAUUCUUAUUGCUGAAAACUGAAGACCGGAUGACCACCCAAUGCCAGGCCGUUCAAGGUCGUCGUACACGAACGACGAGCGACUUUAAGUGAGCCUGACCUUUUUUUGCCGUCCGUACAAACUUCCUCCAUUUAUAUUUUUUACUUCCUGAUUGGCCUAAUUCGAAUCAUUUGUUACCGUCGUUUGUUGUUUAUUGUUUUCUUUAGGAAAUGUAAGUGCAUUUUGUCCGCUUCUUGGGCCGUCGACUAACGUUUUCUUUUUACUUUAACGCAGAUAAAUUGUUGUACUCACUAUUGUUUGGUACCUUUUAUUCCAAUCUGGAGAUCUGUAUACCUCCUAAAUGAAGCGACAAAAUCAUGUACAGUUGGAAUCAAAGCCAAAGCUACAAAAGCGUACUGAUUUUUUAAAUGACCUAGAUGGACUCCUUGUCAGCUCUAAAAAUUUCAAUAAACUUUUCGUACAGAAAACAAGUCAGGAAUGGAUCAAAACUCAAGUUGAGAAGCUUGUACAAAGUCACAUUCAUUUAUUUCGAUUUAUUGAAGUUUUAACAAACUUCAUUGUAUCUGGAAAUCAUCAUCCACAUGUUGUUCAACAAGUGCUUGUUUGGUUAGAUUAUUGUCUACAACACCAUUCAACUUCUAUGCAAACACCAGAAAUUCAGAAGGCAUUAAAGAAUUUAUGUUCAUAUUACUACGAAAUGUGUGGGAUGGGGAAUAUGUUUUUAAGAGCUGCUAACCGUGGUAGUGCCAUGGAAAAUUGGUCAAAUGUUCAAAAGCUUAUUAGUCACUUCCCUCGUAGAUUUUAUUAUCCUGUUCUACCUAAAACAAAGUUUGUAUACAUUGAUGAUGAAAGCAAUCUUACCGGAAAAUCUAAUGCUCCACUAAAUUUAUAUAGUUCCGAAAACAAUGAAGAAAAUCUUGAUAUCCUGAAUGAUGAAUUUUUGGAUGUAGAUACAAUGUCAUCUUUGAUGAAAGAUGACUCAGAGUAUGAACAGGAAUCAUUGUAUCAAUCAGUUGAAGAAUCUGAUGCCGGUGUAUUUGAUGUCAAUGAACCACUGUCACCUGAUGCAGAACAGUUUCUUAAUAGUAUAAAUGAUGACUGGGAAGAUGAAAUAAUUUCUUCUGAAGCUGAAAGUGAUUCGGACAAAUUUAAUUAUCCUGAAAUAAAAGAUUCUGAAGACGAUUUGUCUGUAUCAACCGAAAUAUCUUCAACGUCUGUCAAAACAAGUUUGUUUCCGGAUGUUACUGAACAAUUAGGAACCGUUGGGAAUGAUUGUGAUGUUAAUAAUGGUGAGAAAAAUGAGAAAGUUGUUAAACCGAAAACAAGCAAAUCUAACCACCCAGCCUUAAGUCAAUCCCCAAACAAAUGUCAAAAAGACCGUCGAUCAAGUUCAAGAAUAAAUACUUCUCAAAAACAGUGAUUUCCUAUUAGACGUAUUUAUGUGAUAUUUGUAUAUAAAUGGACAACAUACAAUAAAUUUUCUGUUCUGGAUUAUAGAAGGGUUGGUGCGAUCUUGUAUUUACAACUCCUCAUUAGGAAUGUAUGCGAGACAGGAUGGUCAUUAUCGUAUCUAUACAUGAACUUAAAGAUUCUGUUUUAACAAGUUAACAACAAAAUGUCUGACACAUUUCACUUAGAUAUUUCUUCCUAUUGUAUUUUAAAUUGAGACCACUUAGUAAGACAAAACAUUUUUCUUCCAUGCUCAUUAAUUUCUCAGUUUAUAAAAAACUCGGAGGCAUGUAUGCAUCAUUGUGUAAUUGGAUCACAAAAAAGAACAUCGUUGUAAAGUU